AAAAAAAAAACUCUUGUAAAGAAUCAAAGUCGAAUGUAAGGUGAAUAUGUCUCCUUUUGCCUGCAAUGACCCAUAUACAUGUCCUCUGUAUGUAUUAAAUUAUAUUUUUUUUAGGUCUUUCCAUUUGGUCAGGUAUUUCAUCUUUAUCUGUACUUCUUCGAAAAAUCCAAAAUCGUUUAAAAAUUUUGAAUACAAUUGCACCAGAAUAUAACCGAAAACAUUUAUUUGUACGUCGUCAUGAACUUCAUUCACGUUUAUCUGAAUUAAGAUUUUUACAAAAAGAUCUAUUGUUAGUUCAGAAAACAUUAAAUCGUCGUUUAAUGGAACUUUAUUCAGAAGAUGUUAUUGAUGAAUGGUUUGGUCUUUAUUUAACACCUACAGCAAAUGAAAUCGAUAAAGCAUUCAUUGAUUUUUCACCUGUAGCUAAUAAAACAUCGUGGGAACGACGACCACUCAUCUAA